UGUUCUUCAUCUUCAUCUUCUUCAUCCUCUUCUUCAUCUUCUUCCUCCUCUUCUUCAUCCUGUUCUUCAUCUUCUUCUUCUUCUUCUUCUUCUUCUCCGUCUUCUCCUUCUUCUUCUUCUCCGUCUUCUCCUUCU